GAAGAAUCCUUCUUUGUGUAAGGGCAAAUGAUAUAAAUAAGCUAUAAGCUAAUCCAAACACAUUAAAAAGAGCUUAUCAAAUGAUAGAAAAUAAGCUAUAAGCUACUUUAGAAUAUAAGCAUAAGCCAAAAAAUAAAAACUAGGACAAACACCCCCUUAAUCUUUUAACAAAACCAUCACCGUUCCUUCUUCACUGAAGAUUCUGGAUUUUGCUCAUCUAUAAUCCGCCACUAGUGCACAGUUAACCACAAAUCUAAACCAAAUCAUUCCAGAAACAUGGAGAAAUCACCGUCAUCUUCACCGAUUCCCUCACGAGAAGGAUCGCCGGAGCUUCAAUGCGUCGGCGAACUCGAAAUCGCGAAACCAAAGCCUCCGGUAGGGUUUUUAUGCGGCUCUAUUCCGGUUACGGAUAAACCGUUCACCGCCUUCGGUUCUGCACUCGUUCCUUCAGCUUCAACGGAAGAAGCUCCGAGAUAUCGAGUGAUUCCUACUGAGACUAAUCUGAAAACGCUGCCGUUUCGGCCGAAUAUACCGGAUAGGGUUCUUCCUAUGGUUGCUGCGCAUACGAGGACUGGUGGAGAUUUACCUUAUGGAAGUGGGACAAUAGCAUCAAACCUUAGAAAAAAAGGAGAAGCCCUUGCUGUAUCUGGUUUAACAGAGCAUGAAGACGAAAUCGACGUUAUUGCUCCAGCUGACAUUCUCAAACAAAUAUUUAAAAUCCCAUAUUCCAGGGCUCGCCUCUCGAUUGCAGUACAUCGUAUCGGACAGUCUCUCAUACUAAAUACAGGGCCUGAUGUGGAAGAAGGGGAAAAAUUGGUUAGACGACAUAAGCAGCAGUCACAAUCUGCAGAGAAAUCUAUAUUUUGGAAUUUCGCUAUGCAUUCUGUUAGGAUGGAGGCAUGUGAUCUUCCUACGGCUCAAAAUUCCAAAUCAGACGAACGGCUCAACACAUCUUUUCUGACUGGAAAUAAUGAAACUGGUGAAGGGGAAGAAUUUAAAUACCCACAACCAAAAGCAAAACAUGAUAGUAUCUUUUUAGGAGUGAAGAAUAACCAAAGAAACAAAGACUGUGAUGCUGUUAAGAAGGUCUCAAAAGUGAAAGAAACUCCUAGACCCUCCAUGCAAGAGUCAGAUAUGUAUAGAAGAAUGAACCGAGAUGGAUUCUUAAGGGUUUUGUUUUGGAAGUUUAAUAAUUUACGCAUGUUUUUGGGGAGUGAUUUACUCAUAUUCAGUAAUGACAAGCAUGUUGCAGUGAGUUUGCACCUAUGGGAUGUUUCGAGACAGGUUGGUCCAUUAACUUGGCUUGACGCAUGGUUGGAUAAUGUGAUGGCAAGUGUACCGGAAUUAGCCAUCUGUUACCAUGAAAACGGUGUUGUUCAGGGAUACGAGCUGCUGAAAACGGAUGAUAUAUUUGUUUCUAAGGGUGUAUCCGAAGAUGGCACUCCUGCUUUUCAUCCUUAUAUUGUCCGGCAAAAUGGCCAUUCUGUUCUGCGCUUCCUUCAAGAAAAUUGCAAGCAAGACCCUGGAGCUUAUUGGCUGUACAAAAAUGCUGGCGAGGAUAACAUUCAACUAUUUGAUCUUUCUGUUAUGUCAAAGAGUCGUGCCACUAACAGCUGUGAUGAUGACUCUACCUAUAUACCUUCUUUAAUUGAUAGAGGGAGAAGCGAUUCUUUACUCUCGCUAGGAACCCUACUUUAUCGUGUUGCUCACAGGCUUUCACUUUCAGUGCAGUCUCAGCAUAACAGGGCAAGGUGUGCAAGGCUGUUAAAGAAAUGUCUUGAUUUCCUUGAUCAGCCAGAUCAACUGGUUGUACGCGCAUUUGCUCAUGAGCAAUUUGCAAGGUUACUUCUAGAUUAUGAUGAAGAUCUGGAUUUGACAUCUGAAGUGCUCCCUCUGGGCUCUGAAAACAUUGUUGUUGAUGCUGAAGACGAGCCAGAUGAAUGCUUGAACGGGAUCUCUAGUUUAAGAAUCCGUGAAAGUUUCAUCCCAAACGAGGAAGAUUCAGAUUCACCCGGGCGCGGAUCCCGGAAACUUUUGGUGUCAAACGAGGCUGAAUCAGGAGAUGUUGUAGUGCAGCCGACUUGUAACUCUGUAGUGGAAGCUAAUGCUGAUCUAAUAUCCUCUAAAUUGGCUGCGAUACACCACGUGUCACAAGCUAUUAAGUCUCUAAGGUGGAGACGACAGCUACAAGGCUCCAAAAGUUACCUCGGUGAACCUGAUCAUCACGCAGCAGGGUUACCCGUUGAGUUAUCCGUUUGUGCGUGUGGUGAUACUGAUUGCAUUGAAGUUUGCGACAUUAGGAAGUGGCUUCCGACAUCGAAACUAGACGACAAGUUAUGGAAACUUGUUCUUUUGCUUGGAGAAUCGUAUCUAGCCCUUGGAGAAGCCUACAUAGUUGAUGGCCAGUCACAUCAAGCGUUAAAAGUCGUCCGUUUAGCGUGUUUGGUAUACGGAUCCAUGCCACAACAUCUAGAAGAUUCUAGAUUUAUCUCUUCAAUGAGUUCCAGUUGGUCAUCCUAUGAGAUAGAUCAUUAUCUUUUUUGGGCUAAAGCAUGGACGCUAGUUGGAGACGUGUAUGUCGAAUUCCAUUUGGAGAAUCAAAAGACUAAAUCGCCACCUGCUGCCGCUCGUGAGUUAAAAAUGUCACCUCAGGUUGAGAAAGAACUUCAACGGCUCAAGAAAAAACUUGCGAAAUCUAACCAGAGCUGCUCGUCUUGCUCAUUAGUCAACUGUAGCUGCCAGAGUGAUCGCGUCAGCAGCGGCAGUAGUGCAAGUAGUAGUACUACCCGAAACACUCGUUUUAGCCGUGGAAAAAAGCAGACCGAAAAAAUCAUUCCAAAAGUGAUUUCUCAAAAUAUCAUGAAUGAAAAUGAAGACGCAAAAUCUUGUAAAGAUACCCAGGAAGAAAAACCGUCGAAUGAUGGUGGGAUUUUCAGAUACAUUGACGGUUACGAGCAUAUCGACGCAGAUCAUAAUCUAACUAGCGCUCGUAUUUGUUAUGAAGAAGCCAUAAAAUGUUUAGACGAUCAUCCUACUACUUCUUCUGAGUUACAGUCUCUCGUUAAGAAGAAAGGAUGGGUCUGCAACGAGUUGGGCCGAAGGAGACUGGAAAGAAAAGAGAUUAGCAAAGCCGAAGAAGCUUUUUCCGAAGCUAUCUCUUCAUUCAAAAAGGUUUCCGAUCACAAUAACAUUGUUUUAAUUAACUUAAAUUUGGGCCAUGGAAGACGGUCUGCAGCUGAGGAGAUCGUAUCGCAAAUGGAGCCUUUUAGAGAUCACCCGGUUUUCAAGAACACGUUCAACCAAAAGCUAGACGCUGCAAAAUCUCAGUAUUGCGAGUCACUCAGAUACUAUAGAGCAGCAAAAAAGCAAGUUGAUGCCAGUGAUGCAAUUGCAAUACGCGGUGAUCUUAGCAAUGAUGUAUAUACGCAAUUUGCGCAUACAUAUCUAAGGCUCGGUAUGCUUCUGGCUAGAGAGAAUACCACGGCUAAAGUGUAUAAAUCUAAAAAGGAUUUUGGGAAGUGUGAGAUUACGGCUAGUGAUGCAAUCAGUGAGGCAUUGUGUAUGUAUGAGUUAUUGGGGGAUUUGAGGAAACAAGAGGCCGCGUAUGCGUACUUUCAGCUUGCGUGCUACCAGAGGGAUCGUGGUCUGAGAUUAUUGGAGAUGGAACUGAAGAAAAGUAAUCUGUCGAAAGGUGAAAAUAAUACAUUUCAAAGAGCGAAACAGUUCUCGUCUAUGGCUGAGAGGAACUGGCACAAGUCUAUGCAGUUUUAUGGGCCUAAAACACAUUCUACGAUGUAUUUGACCAUUUUGAUUGAGAUGGCGGAUUUGUCUUGUAGAUUGUCGAAGUUGUCUCAUGCAUAUGUGAUGCUGGAAUCUGCCCUGAAUACUUUGCUUGAAGGACGACACGUGCCUGCAAAUGGAAUUACAUUACAAAAAGACGAUUGCAGGGUGCAUGAGCGGUUUUGGGGCCGGCUGCAGACGACGUUAAAAAGUAUGCUAUCGGUGGCUCUUCCUGCAGCCACAAACAAAUCUGUUGCUUCUUCCCAGCAGACCGGAGAUGCCAACAAACUCAAAGACAUGUACAUGUUAUCUUUGAAGGCUACAGAAUUCAGUCAGCUGCAUGCCAUUUACAAGUUGUGGGUAUCAUAAUUCUGCACAACAUAUGCAUUUUGAUUACUUUUAUGCUCUUAUGUAGAUUUGGAAUACAAACUAGAGUGCCACAUUGAAAGGGUCGGGUCUAAACGAUUUUUUGCCCAAAGUUUCUGACGGUAAACAAUGGUUGAUAACUAUUAUAUAAUCUUGUUUUUUUUGACAAAACUAUUUAGGAAGUUCUACGUGUAAAAAAA